AUGGCAACUACUCAUUAUAUAAGAGACACGUUAUCAGAUGCUAUGAGUCGACUUCGUGCUGGUGGUAAUCAAAGUACAGCGAAAAAUGAUGAAACUAAUGAUACGCGUCAUCUUUCACUUGAUACAUCGAAUAUAGCAAAGGUAUUAGUUAUCGGUGAAACAGGCAGUGGUAAAUCGACAUUUAUUAAUUACUUAACGAAUUAUUUUCGUGGUGGUUCAUUACAAAAUAUUAAAGUUGCUAUACCAUCAAAAUAUCGACCAGUAAUUACAGAGCAAUUUGCACAUUGUGAAAAUAAUAUAAAAGAUACAACGCAAUCAAAAACUGAUAUGUGUAAUCAAUACAUAUUUAUUGAUCAUGCGAGUCCUUCUCAAAGACAAUAUCUAUUUCUUGAUACACCUGGUCUAUCGGAUACACGUGGAGCUGAACAAGACAAUAUUAAUAUGAACAAAAUUGUCGAUGGUGUCGAAUCACUAGGUGGUCUAUCAGCAGUCAUCAUAGUUGUCAAUGGUACAACAGGACGUCUUACAUUGAAUCUUCGAAAUGUUAUUGCACGUCUUCGCGGCAAUCUACCUGAUGUUGUUAUGGAUAAUGUUAUUGUUGUUUUGACUAAUGCAAAACGUCAUGAAGCUAAUUUUAAUAUAUCAUCUCUUCAAUUACAUGGUACUGUUUAUCCAUACUAUAUGCAAAAUUCAGCUUUUUCUCAAGAUUCCAACGCAUGGGAUCAAGCAGCACUUGAUGCAUUACAAUUUGAUUGGGAUGCAUCAAUGGAUGAAAUGAAACGAAUGAUUGAAACAAUUGAUACAUUUAAAACAAAAUCUGUUACAGCAUUCAAAGAUAUGAAAGAUAUACGUAAUGCAAUAAAAGCGCUCAUGCAUGAAGCACGAUUAGAAGUUUCACAAAUACAAAAAAUGCAAGAUGAAUUAGCUGCAUUUGAGCAUGCACUUAAACAAUACAAGACAGAUGAAGUAACAUAUAAAGAUUAUACGCGUGAGCGUGUUGUUGAAACAAAAGAAUUAGUCGAUACAAAGUAUCAUUCAACUGUGUGCCGAAAAUGUGAUCAUGUUUGUCAUGAUAAAUGUGGUCUUAAUGAAACAACAACACACGGCAAUCGUAUAUUUCAACGAUGUUGGGCUAUGUCACCUGAAGGUCAAUGUUAUAUAUGUCCAAGUCAUUGUCUCUAUACCGAACAUUAUCAUGCACGUAAAACAAUGAAAGUGAAACAACAAAAAUUACAAGAUGUGCUUCAUGAUAUCAAAGCAAAAUAUGAUUUAGCAUCACGUAAUAAAACAGAUUUUCAAUCACGUAUAACAACAACACAUGAAGCAAAGAAGAUGUUAGAACGUGCAUUAAAACAAAAACUAGAAGAAAUCAAACAUAAAUGUGCUGAAUUACGACGUAUAUGUAGUGGUUUUAAUUUAGCUCAAGAAUUAUAUGCACUUAUUGAUCAACUUAAAGCUGAAGCAAUGAUGUUACGAAAUAUUGAAGCUAAACAACAAGCUGAAGAGUUUAUUCGUAGUUUAACUGAAUUUUGUCGACAAUUAGAAACGGAUCAACUUGCAAAUCAAGUUCUGCCACCAAUGCGUCUUGUUGAUACAUAUACGUCAAAGCCGUUUCGUUCAUCAACAACAGCAUCUAGUACAAUACCAGCAACUUCAUUGGCAACAUCAUCUUCAGAAAAUACACCAAAUUUAAAUACGAGUGUACUUGAUUUGAUAACUAGAUUGAAUAAAUCUAAAAAAGCAAUGCCAUCAACAUCUGAAGAAGACGAUGAUAAUCAUGAUCAUGAACAAAUUGGUGAUGAUGAUGAUGAUGAUGAUGACGAUAAUGAAAAUACACGUGAAAUGCCGCCUACAUCAGCACGUUCAACACGCCAUCUUCAUCAUCACACAGAUAACGAUGACGACGAAAUUGGCUCAAUAAAUGAUCGUCGAAAACGACGUCAACUAUCAACUAAUAAUAAUCAUAACAAUACUUCUUUACAACAACAAUAUGCAUCAUUGACUACAACAGAACUUGUUCAUCGAUAUACGGAUUGUAAAGAUGCACGAAAGUCCAAUGCAAUUCUAACUGAACUUAAUCGUCGUUCACAAGGAAAAUCAACUGGUCCACUUGUUUCGUCAACUGAAAUUGGUACAUUUGCACGAUAUACACAAUUAUACAGUACACAAGAUGCGCCAACAUUAAGUCAUUUAUAUUUACAACUUCAACAAAGAAUUUCAAAUAUGACUGAACCAGAUAUACUUAAUAUUAGUCGUGUACCAAGUGAUCUUUUACUUGAAAUUUCUGCUCUUUAUACUCUUAUUGCACAAAAAAAUCAACAACAACAACAAGGACAAAAUUUUGAUGGAAAUUUCGCUAACGAAUCAGCAUUUGAACGACCACCUGAUCAUAUUGCAUCAUCAAUGAUGAUGAAAAUGUCGACACAACCUUCUCAAACAUCUAUGGGAUAUAUGUCAUCUCCUUUAAGUCAUCAUCCAGGUGGAGCAAUAAUAACAACAUCAACACCGAAUACGUUUUUUAAACCUAUUCAACCAACAAAUCUGAACAACGGCAAUCCUCAGCCAACUUCUCCACAAACACCACUCUUUUCUGUACCAACUUCGACACCUUCGCCUCAACAACAAUCUUCUCUUGGAUUUUCAGGUUUUACAGGAUAUCAUACGAGUAGUGCUGAUGGUAAUAUUUCAUCACAAUUUCAAUUUCAAAACCCUCCACCACCAUUUGUUCCAUCCACUUCGUCCUCCUCCUCCUCAUCAUCAUCAACAACAACUGCCAUGCCAAUUUCAACAACAAUACGAUCUGAUAGAUCAGUAACGGACUCACCAUUUACAUUCAUAUCUCCAUCAUCAUCAUCAGGUCCUAUUGAAUCAACUUUUGCAUUUGUUACACCUACAGCAACUGCAACAACAACAACGAAUAAAGAUGAAUAUACUAUGAUAAAUUUAGCACCUCUACCAAAUAUAAUGACAGAUGAUGAUUUAACUAAUCCGACUAUAUUAUCAAAUGUUGAUAUAACAAAUUUGUUAACUUUAUAUAAUGAUGCGAAAUUAUCGAAUAAAAAUGCACAAUUAUUUGCUAUUUAUCAUGAACUAGAACGUCGUUGCACUGGUGCUAAUUGUAAUCAAUUGAUAAAAGAUUAUUCAGCUGUUUAUGAAACAAAAUUAAAUGAACAUGCACAUAAAACAGUAUCGGAGUUGAAACAAACUUAUGCCAAUAUACAGCAACAAAUACGCAUACGAACAAAUAAUGAUGCAACGCGUAUUAAUGAUGUACCUAAAGAAUUACUCAUUGAAUCGGCAGCACUUUUAGCAACUAUUAAACAAAAAGACAUUUAA